GAAAAAGUGAAAAUUUUAUAUUGAAAGAAAAGAAGACUAUACUUUACUUCGUACUUACAAGAAUAUAUAUCCAUAAUGAACAGAGGUAGAGGUGGAUUCAGAGGUGGCCGUGGUGGUAGAACCGGGCCAUCACAAUUUCAACAAGGUCCUCCAGAUACCGUUUUAGAAAUGGGAUCUUUCAUGCAAGCGUGUGAAGGUGAUAUUUUAUGUCGUUCAGUUAAUGUUAAAAUUCCAUACUUCAAUGCCCCAAUUUAUUUAGAAAACAAGACCCAAGUUGGUAAAGUUGAUGAAAUCUUGGGUCCUCUUAAUGAAGUUUUUUUCACCAUCAAACCAUCCGAAGGGGUUGUUGCUACUUCUUUUAAAGAAGGUGAUAAAUUUUAUAUUGGUCCUGAUAAACUUUUACCUCUAGAAAGAUUUUUACCAAAACCUCCUCAAGUUGGUCCUAAACCAAAGAGAAAGUCUGCCGGUGGUGCCAGAGGUGGUGCCAGAGGUGGAUUUGGUGGCCGUGGUGGUGCCAGAGGUGGUGCCAGAGGGUGGAUUUGGUGGCCGUGGUGGAUCUAGAGGUGGAUUCGGUGGCCGUGGUGGUGCCAGAGGUGGAUCUAGAGGGGGCCGUUUCUAGGCUCUCAAAAUAAUAGUUCUUAUAACUAAAAGAUUGACUGUCUAACAUCAAUAGAGCUGACCAAAUCAAAAAUAUGUUAUUGCAUGAUUUGAAUCCCCUUGCAUUUGCUUCUUUCUCCAGGAAAGGAACCUUUUUGCUUUGGAGAGAAUA